AUGCUUCAACGAACACGGCCACUAGCACAGUCCAUUCGUGCUUAUUCGGCAUCUUCGUCUGAGCCAAAAACAAAGAUAAAAGAUGGGCCAUCUUUCGCGGAUUUUGUUAGUUCAGGUAGUAUCGAUGAAGCCGUGGCUAAAUAUCACGGAAAGUUGAAACUCGAGAAAGGCGACCGUCGGUUACGGUUACCAGAUUGGUUAAAAAAAGAAAAGGUUCUUCCCAGUGAAAACGAAAAUGUAUCACGGUUAAAGAAGCAACUAAAGGGCCUGAAGCUCGCCACAGUUUGUGAAGAAGCAAGGUGUCCAAACUUGGGAGAAUGCUGGGGAGGCUCGAAGGAUUCCAUAUCAACAGCUACGAUCCUUUUAAUGGGUGAUACGUGCACGAGAGGUUGUAGGUAUGUUUUUGAAAUGCUCUCGAUCUGCAAC